GUACUCAAAUGCGUGACAUAUUUCUUCACAAACUGAAAACGAUUGUACGCUAUCAAUUUGAAUAGUUUUCACUCAACAUUUAUUUAGCACGAACAUUUACAACAACACCGGCUAUUGCAAAAUCAACCAGAAAUGACCUACGAUUUUGAGCUCAGCACUUUCCCUCUUUUUAGUCCCCAUCACCUUGAGGAAAAGAUGACUUAAUUUCAAGUUAUUUUUUUUUCCACAAAUGAAAGUUGUCGGCGAAGUCCUGAAGUCGUGUUUUCACCUCCGUCUUCUUUCCUCAUUGGAAUAACGUGCCAAGAUAAAAUAUUCGAUGGUUACCACUAGCAAUAAAACUCAGAGCAAGCUUCAUGGUUUCACUGACAACGCAAGAAGAAUUUCGAGAUGCAUAUUUUACCGAAUCUUGAUAAUGGGAUUCAGAUUUGGAACAUUUUUAUUACACAUAGGUUGUUCACUCUUCUAUUGUGGUAGGGGGAAAGUAGUACCACCGAUCGAGAAUCCUUUGUUAUUGAAAUCGGCUACUGUGCUGGCUGCUGAUAUCAGGGAAGGAAAGGUAAAAAGUGAAACUAUCGUCCAAGCGUACAUCGACAGAAUACAGGAAGUAGAACCGUAUAUAAAUGCAACAACUUAUCAACGAUUCUCUGAGGCUAUACAAGAAGCGAGGCUAGCCGACGAGUUAGUUGCUUCGGGUAAAAUGAGUAGAAGUCAACUUUUACUAGAAAAGCCUCUUUUGGGAAUCCCAAUCAGCAUCAAACAGCUCAUUCAAAUAGAAGGAUUACCUUUCCAUGGAGCUAGUCUUGAUUCAAAAGAUGUUAAAUCAACCGAAGACGCAGAUGUAAUAAAAUAUGUAAAGAAAGCUGGUGCAAUUAUAUUAGUGACAACAAAUACGCCCGAGAAAGGACUGAAUUUGGAAACUUUCAAUAAACUGAAUGGUUGGACUAACAAUCCUUAUGACACAACAAGAAGCCCAAGCGGAAGCAGUGGUGGCGAGGCUGCUUUGAUUGGUGCUGGUGCUUCUGUGAUAGGUAUAGGCAAUGACUCAGCUGGAAGUUUACGAAUGCCAGGUUUAUUUUGUGGCAUUUACAGUCACAAGCCUACUGUUGGUUUGGUUUCCCCUCAUGGACAAUUUGCGUGUAUUGAAAAUGUCACAACAAUUGGACCAAUGUGUAGGUAUGCGGAAGAUCUAAUGCUUCUACUGCAAGUAUUAUCAAUGGAUAAGAACAAAGCUAUCAAAGACUGCGCUGUUAAGUUUUCAAAGCUGAAAAUUUAUUACACAUUGUCAAUGUGUUCUAAGGCCAGCCCUUCACUGGAUGGUGAGCUUAAAGAUGCUUUUCUAAAGGUGCUAUCUCACUUUGACAGAACCUAUGGAAUCAAGUCCAAAGAAGUAUCCAUGCCAUUACUGAAGAAAAGCGAAGAAAUCUAUAAACACAAUCUUAUCCAUGCUUCCGGAAACACGGAAGAGAUCCUAAAGCUUAUGAGGUGCCCUCCCACUCUUAACCCAACCAAAGAACUCAUAAAAUACCUCUGCGGUGUUUCAAAGUACACCAUCGUGGUACCAUUCAUGUUAAAACUUUCAAAAUUACCUUUGUGGUACAGGGAGAGUGACGUUUCAUACUACAAAGAUCUGUUGCAAGAACUGCAAAAAGAGUUUGACGAACUUCUCGACGAUAACUCAGUGUUUUUGUGUCCUACUUUGCCAGUAACAGCAUUACAUCAUGUUGAAACUCAAUGCUUAAGUUUCAGUCUAAGUUAUGUAGGAUUAUGGAAUUUGCUUGGUUUGCCAGCAACGCAUUGCCCGCUAGGCCUUAAUGAGAAUGGUCUACCUUUGGGUUUGCAGGUAGUUAGUAGUAAAAAUAACGAUGGUUUAAAUUUCUUAAUUGCUGAAGAACUUGAGAGGGUAUUUGGUGGUUGGGUUUCACCUGGUGAAAUUUUACAGUAAGUGCUAAAUGAAGUUUAAAAGUUCCUAAUUUUGCUUUUGACUCUUACGUUCAAUUAAUACCAAUAUAAUCGAACUCAUUUAUAACGAGUACUUAGAUACUGAAACAAUUUACGAAAAUUAUUGAAAAAAUUAUAAUUAAAAUCAAAAUUAUUGAA